UAAAAGCCGUAUUAUAAACAUACAAGAGUAAAGGAAAAAAAGGUCCAAGAAAAACUGUUACAGGAGAGUAGUUGUUGAUCUAGCGAGGUGGAAAUGGAACUAACAAGGAGAAGAUCUCCUUGGUUCUUUGCAACAAUCGUAUGCCUCAUUCUUUCCUUAGAGAUGGCGUCAGCGUGGAAGAGAGAUCUUUGUAUUCCAGGGGAUAUAUACAUGGACUCAACCAGCACCCCACUUCCACCAGGGGGUGCAACUUGCCAAUUUUGCAUAGAUUGGUGUGAUGAACAAUGUUUGGUCUUGGGACUUCCACAGGUAAACCAUGGAUGCCUUGUAUCAUCUAACACCAUAAGAUGUAGGUGCUGCUGUGGAAGAGGAAGAUCACCACCAUCACCCUCCUCCCCACCAUCGCCACCACUUCCUCCUCCGGCACCUCAAUCUCAAUUUGAAUUUGAGGGCCUCUGGCCACAACAUUAUAAUAUAUGUCAGAGUGGUCAAGAAUAUAGGGUGUUUUAUCAUGAUGAUGGGCUUGAUUGUAUGCAUAAACCUGUAUGUGAGGAAUACUGCAACAGAAAAAAGAUUCCGAUGGCAAGGUCAGAGUGCGUAGCAGGUGGUUUCGUUUAUCCUGAAGCUAGGUAUGAAUGGUUUGAGCAGUGUUGUUGUGCAGAUCCAUCACCGCCUCCACCUCCAUGCCCACCCCCACCACCACCUACUUGUCAGACUGAGCUCAGUAUUCAGAUCUUGCCAGGUCAGGGACCGUGCAAUUACAAACUAGCGGAAUCUCCAUGAUCAUUCACAAUUACCUAGAGUUUUGAUUACUAGUUGCUACGUACGUUACAACUAAUGAUGGAUUAGUGCUAUCGUUUGCUGCAGUUAAUUAGGAGAAGUAUGGAAUUAUCAGCAUUAGUUAUUAUUGUUUCAUUAGUUAGUCUGUAUGUGUACUCCCUCUUGUUUUUAUUAAAGCAUUUUGUGCUCGUUUAUUUCAUCCUCAUCAUCCUCGCUAUGCUUUGUCUCCCUGAGUUGGUAAAAUUGGCUUAUUUUUAGUUUUAGUAAACUCCUAUUUGGCUCCUUAUAA